GCUCCCUUUGAAGAUAUUUUUGUACUUUAUAAAGAGUUCAACACUGGGGCUUGAUUUGACUAAUCUAAACAGACAUGGAUUUUUAGGACAAGACACAUCCUGUCCCCAUAUUUUCUAUAGAAAUUUAUAUAAAGCAGUGGUUGUCCUGCUUGGGCAAUGUAACCAACUCAUCAGCAAGCUUUGAUGAUUUGAAUCAGCUGUGUGGUGCUAAGGGAAAAACCAAAACGUGCACCCAGGUGGGGGGGCACCAGGACCGAGUUUGGGAAACCCUGCCCUAGUAGAUAUCUGCAGCGUGGAGGUAAACAUUAUUGUGGUAAAAGAGAGAGAAAACUAACAGUUUAGAACAGGAAGUGACUUACUUUUACGUCAUGUAGUCGGGGUGGGUUCUUCGAUGAGAUUAAAGUAGAUUCACACAAGGAAAAGUUGCAGCAGCAAUGAGAGAAUUGAAUGAGGGCUGAUUCGAAGCACGCGCGCAUCAUCAAAGGACACGCUCCGCUGAAAACACCCAGCACGCGCAUUGCCUACAUGAGUUAAACGGAAUUUACAGCACGGGGUUGUGGAACUUUGCAGGAUGUUGCCAUGGCUCCAGGGGUAUACUGUUACACUUGUAUAGAAUAGCUGAUGGGACACUGUAACAAAACUGAUUGAUACAUUGGAAGCUUUCCUUGGUACAAGAACAGAAUGACAGCUCGGACACAGCUCCCCGAACCGAGAAAACUUUACUAUAUGGUGAAGUCUGUGCUUUGCUCAGCAAUGGAGAAUACUGGGCAAAAUUAGAAGAUUCAUGGCUACAGUUGGAUGUUCUUUGCCUUUUCGCUAAGAUGACACACACACAGAGAGAGGGCAAGGAGACUUUGCGGAGAAGGGCAAGUACUCCUAUCCCUGCCUCUCAUCAGCCGGGGACGAGAGGUAGAGACCCGCCAGCCGACCCCCAUCACCCUCCGCUUGGCCAGUCCGCCUCAUACCAUCCCGGAGACAAGUCUCUCCACUGCCGCGCCAACUGGUCAUCUGAUGACUCGGAUAAUGACUCGGAUGGCUCAGGAGCAGAUUGUUUGUACCACGUUGUUUUGCUAGGAGACCACGGUGUUGGAAAGUCGAGUCUUGCCAAUAUCUUUGCUGGCAUUCAGGAAAAGGAUGCUCACGACCAUACGGGAGAGGACACCUAUGAGAAAACCAUGAUUGUAGAUGGAGAGGAGACCACCCUCAUCGUCAUGGACACCUGGGAGAACGAGAAACAGGAGGAGGAUGAGAAAUGGGUCCAGGACUACUGUAUGCAGGUGGGCAACGCCUACGUCAUAGUUUACUCCAUCACGGACCGCAGCAGCUUCGAGAGUGCCUCUGAGUUACGCAUCCAGCUGCGGCGCAUACGGCAGGCCGAGAACAUUCCCAUCAUCCUCGUGGGCAACAAAAGUGACCUGGUCCGCUCCAGAGAAGUGGCUGUAGAAGAGGGCCGUGCAUGCGCCGUGGUGUUCGACUGCAAGUUCAUCGAGACAUCCGCUUCGCUCCACCACAACGUGCACGAGCUCUUUGAGGGCAUCGUCCGGCAGAUCCGCCUGCGGCGAGACAGCAAGGAAACCAACGAACGCCGGCGCUCCGUCUACAAGCGCAAGGAGAGCCUCGCCAAGAAGGCCCGCCGCUUCCUGGACCGCCUAGUGGCCAAAAACAACAAGAAGAUGGCGCUGAAGGUUCGCUCCAAGUCCUGCCACGACCUGGCCGUGCUGUAAUGGUUGCUGUGUGACCAAGUGGUUCACGCCGACAGUGGUCGCAGACUUCAACUCUCCUCUUUGCCCUGAUGCUGUGUUCUUCGGGCGGCCAUCUUGUGGGUCAAAUCCUUAAACCAACCAACGGCUGUAUUGUACUGUCUAGAGAGACUAAUUCUUUGCUCCAACCCCCUAGUGGUAAAGGGGAUGGACGUUGUUAUUUUCUAUUUAUUUCAGCCAUUCAAAGCAAUUGAGAUGAGAAAAUGUGAGGCAAUGGAGACUUUUUUGUUGCUAUAUCACAAAUCUGCUGAGAGUGAGUUUGCUAAACAGACACCUUAUCAACUGUUUGCCUUACAUCUAAGUCAAUAGAUUCCUAGACCAGUGUAUCCAGACAUAGAUGGCAUUUGAAGUCCUUUACGGUCUCCUUUGAGAAGGGUUUCUAAGAUUAUUGAGGUAUGAAAUAAUCAUUUUAUUUUCUACCAAAGAAAGUGCUUUGAACACACCGUAUGAUGUAUUUUUGCCAUGAGGAAAGCAAUGCCCACUUAGGUACUUUUAAGCAGACGUCACUAAUGAUUUGAUUUCAAGGUUUUGCACUAUGGGAGACAGUCAUGUGUUGGGAGGAACCAAUGGACAUUAUUCUACAACAACCAAGAGAGCUCUGGUUUAAGACUUCUGUUCUGUCUAUGAGCCCAUCAGUUGACAGCUAAAUGACAUGUGAAUGCCGAUGUUGUUUGGGAAUCGAACACCAUCGUGAACUUUCCAAAAGGAUGAUCCCGUCCACACCUUCCUUUACAAGCACCUCCUACGCUGGAAGGACCAGUGGGGUGUUAACAGUACAACUGUAAUGGAUGCUUUUGAAGAGGCGUGGUCUGAUUGACCACAGUCAAAAAACACCAUUGUAUGAUGACAUGGUCCUGAAGAGACCAAAGAAGAAAAAUGUUGAGUCUUCAAUGUGUGUGUGUGUGUGUGUGUGUGUGUGUGUGUGUGUGUGUGUGUGUCCUGGUUGGGUUGGAAAGAGGUAUUAUCACUUUUGUACAAAGUUUGUAAAUACAGUACAUAAAUGUCAAGGAUUUUUAUGAGAAAAUAAAGGAGUAGGAAAUAUAUUACCAC